CCUCGGUGAGCCUGUUUACCUGCGGCACAGACGGUCACACAUGUGGGGGACACCAUGGCUACUGGAGAUGUGUGGAGUGUGUUGGAGGCGUGUGUAAAGAAAAUAAAUGCCAACACAGCGCAGCCGGAAAAGUUUUUGAGCCUUCAGGAUGGAGUGGCUGCAGACUUUACUUCUCUCACGAAGACACUGUAUGACCUCCACAAAGCUCAGGAGCCUGCAGAUUGCCAAGGAAGCCCGUUGGCUCAGCUGGUGGUGGAAAACUUUGAUGAAGAGCAGAUUUGGCAGGAACUGGAGCUGCAGAACAAUGCUGUACUGAAACAUUUUCAAAAUGCAAUUGAUGAAGCUGUAUCAGAUGAAACGUUAACUGUGCUUGAAGAGGAGGAGAAGGAAGAAGAGGAGGAGAAUGGUGAAGGAGAAGAACAAGGAGCAACAGAUGAUGAAAAUGAUGCUGAGGAACCACCCAACCCCAGACAGUCUAAGAAAAAGGCUGUGGAGGCUCAGGAUGGAGCAGAUGAUUACUCAGAAGAGGACUCUGAUUUAGAUUUUGAUGUGGAUGCUUUGGAGAAACGAGAGAAACAAAAGAAGGAGAUGGGAAGAAAAGGCUCUAAAACAAAGAUGGUUCCCUCUGAGGUUGAUGAUACGUUCUUCAAACUGUCAGAGAUGGAGUCAUUUCUUGAUGAUAUGGACAAGCGAGAAGGAAAGGACAAUGAGGAUGAAGAUGACGUAGACUAUUUUCAGGACCUGCCUUCUGAUGAGGAUGAGGAUGCUGACCUAGUUAAAAUGCUUUCCAACAAAAAGCAGCAGAAACGCACUGUGAAGAGCUCCAGGAAUCUCAAGUACAAGGACUUCUUUGAUGCUGUGGAGGGUGAGCCAGCUAAAACAGACGACCAGUCAGAUGGAGAGGAUGACAGCAUGGAUGGAAGCCAGGAAGAAGACGAAGAAGAAAUGGAUGACGAAGAAGAUGAAUAUGAUGGUGAAGAGGAGGGUGACGAUGACGAUGAGGAAAGAAGCCAGUCCAAAGCAUCUCAGAAGAAAGUGACCUUUAAUCUCUCAGAGGACGAGGACAGCGAGGGAGAGGAAAUGGAGGACAUUUUUGGAGGGAAAGCUCCAAGCUCAGCAAAGUCCGAAUCAAAGUCAUCAUUUGAGAAACGGCAAGAAAAGAUGGCAAAGCAGAUUGAGGAGCUGGAGAAGGUGGCUUUAGGAGAGAAGCCCUGGCAGUUGUCCGGAGAGGCCACAGCACAGACUCGUCCAGAGAACAGCAUGCUGGAGGAAGAUGUGGAGUUUGAGCAGGCAUCCAGGAGGGCUCCUGCUAUCACUGAGGAAACCACACUACAGCUCGAAGACAUCAUCAAGCAAAGAAUUAAAGACCAGGCAUUUGAUGAUGUAGUCCGCAAAGAGAAACCUAAAGAGGAGGUGUUUGAGUACAAGAAGAGGUUAACUUUGGACCAUGAGAAGAGCAAGCAGAGCCUUGCAGAAAUCUACGAGCAAGAAUACCUGAAGCAGACACAGCAAAAGACAGAGGAAGAGGAAAACCCGAGCCAUGUCGAAAUUCAAAAGCUCAUGGACACACUCUUCCUGAAGUUGGAUGCUCUCUCUAACUUCCACUUCACACCUAAACCACCUGUUCCUGAAGUCAAAGUGGUGUCUAACUUACCAUCCAUUACCAUGGAAGAGGUGGCUCCAGUCGGCACUAGCGAUGCUACUCUGCUGGCACCAGAAGAAAUCAAGGCGAAGAACAAAGCAGGAGAUGUGCUGGGUAGUACUGAGAAGACGUCAACAGACAAGAAGCGUGAGAGACGCCACAAAAAGAAGGUGAAGCAUGUAAAGAUCAAGGAGAAAGAAAGGAGGCAGAAACUUAAAGAGGCCAGUCAGACUGGGGAGAACAAAAAGCUAUCAAAGGCUGAAGUCACAGAAAACCUGAAGAAACUGACAAAAGGAGGCAAAGCCACGAUACUCAAGGAUGAGGGAAAGGACAAGGCUCUACGCUCCUCUCAAGCCUUCUUCUCUCAGCUGCAGGACCAGGUGAAAAGUCAGAUCAAAAGUGCAAAGGACCCGUCUUCAAAGAAGAAGAAAAGCAAAGAGCUUUCUGUCAGUAAACUAAAGUUAUAGCUGUGAUAUUUUGUUGUGGAUGAUCAACUUUUUUUUUUAUUGUACAGAGUCCUUUUUAUGAUAAAACUACAAUAUAUUAAUCUGAAAGUCAUAAAAAAAUAAAGUGUCAUUAAAACUUAUAA